AUGGCAGCUCGUCAAGAUGGAGAUGACGGAGAAGAUGGUGAGGACUAUUUCCUCCCUCUCGAAGAUCAGAGUAUCUUUGGGGCAGGAAUCCGUCGCAAAAGAGUCCAAUUCGUACGCUCAUCCGAACAUGAAUUGAAUACAACUACAACACGACCAUCCUCUACACCCUCCGGUCCAAGCAUCGCAGAUGCAUACCUCUCGAUUAACCAUCUCCGCGCGAAACACACUCCGCACCUCCAUCUUCCCACGCACCCUUCCCUCAACCACCUCCCCAAACCCCCCGAUCACUGCGAAAUAUGCAACCUACCCCUCUCCACCGACCCAUCAAAAGAAAUCUCCGAAUCAGACUCAAUAGACCGUCCACACGAAGCCUCCCUCGCCCACCAAGUCUGCCUAACCCAUUCCCACCCACCUUCCCAUCUCGACCGAACCCGCGUCGGCCUGAAAUAUCUCUCGACAUACGGCUGGGAUCCCGACAGUCGGCGCGGUCUUGGAGCACCAGGUCGAGAAGGAAUCAGGGAACCAUUGAAAGGCCGUGUGAAAAAUGAUACGGCCGGUCUAGGCGUCGGUCUAGAUGCGGACGGAGAUCGAAUUAAAGAUCCGCCUCCACCGCCGCCUAAGAAGGUGCAGAAACUUAAUGCGAAGCAGAUGAGGAAGAAUCAGAUGGAGGAGAGGAAGAGGGGGGAGAAGUUGAGGAAUCUUUUCUUUAUGAGUGAUGAUGUGUUGAAAUAUCUUGGGGAGGAGGUGUGA